CAGGCACAAAGGAACAAAAAAAAAGGAAAAUAAAAAAAUAAGGAUAUUUCUUUGACACCUUCAACAAAAAUUCAGAAAUAAACAAAAGAACGCAACCAUACUCCUUUGAGCUAAAAAAGAAAAAAGAAAAACGUCUACAGCUGAAUGCAGCCAUUUACAAUAUUUUUUUUUUACAAAACGUUACAUCAAGCUGUCCAAUCUUUCGCGCCAAAUAUUUACUUGAAACCGCGAACUGUAGUGUCAAUUUUUAUUUUCCUGCAUCAUAUUUUUUUUUUAUUAUUUUCAUUGUGCUACUUUUGUCUGACUUUUUAAAAUUAUUUUUAUUAAUUUUUUAUUCAAUAUUAUUUUACAAAUAUGGAUGCAGGGCUAAGUAAAGCUUUCUCUGGAGUAUAUAAUUCCUCCAAAGAAAUAAUAAAAAAUAAUCAAAGACAUUUGUUUUGCAACAUGCUUGAUUUGUUGGCAAGAACAACCAAAACCACUGGCGACAAAUACUUAAACACUGACGAAUUCAUUCUAUUCUGGACAACCGAUAUUCUGCCCCUGAUCUUUGAUGAAGAUAAGGACAUACAGAAAAGUGCUAUCGCAGCAAUGGAAACCCUCCUCCAAAGUCUUGAUUUUAAAUUCCUCCAUAGUUUGCCAGCUUGGAGUGCCAUCAAAAUGAAAAUAGUCCAAAACUAUUCCAAGGAAAUUCCAAAAUAUCGUGAGGUAUCAAACUCUUGCUGGUACAAAAUUUGGUGCUUGUUGAUUAGAAUCCUUGACAAAGAGAUUGUCAAAGGGGCUUCUACAAUAAAUUCCUUUCUAUCGGUUGUUGAGUUAGGAUUUCGUAGUGCAGACUACAAUGUUCGCACUGAAGCUUUCUAUUGUUGGAAAGUUUUGAUUGAAAUCUUUGCCAAUAACGGCGAACUUUGUUCUCCAAAACGCAUUCGACUCAUUUAUAUACCUCUUAAGUCGUCUCAAUCGAAAACACCUCAAGCGGCAAUUGUUAAGCUUCGAGUUUGGUGGUAUUUGAUUUGUAAAUUGGAUAGUCAUAUUGAGCAAUAUGUUGAUACGAUUUUGGAGACAUUUCUAGCAUUCUGUUAUAAUUCACUUGUUAAAGGUGGUUGUGGCAGUGUAGAGUUUAAGGAAAUGUCAAUUCUUUGUUUGUUAUCUAUGCUUGGGGGUUCGAAGCCCAAGUUUAUUACAAAACGAAUGGAAAACUUUGAGCUUAACAUUAUGAAGGAGAAAAACAUUAACCAGAACAUUAUGAACAAGUUCUAUAAGCCACUAAUCAACUACACUAUUGAAGCAUUAAAAGACUGCAAUCUAAUUAAAGUAUCGGGCAGUGAACUGUCAGAGUUGCUUUUACAAAAUUUAAUUGUUAAUUUGAUUGCCAUUGAAAAUACUGAAGCUAUGAGUUUGUUAUUCAAAGCUCUUCACUCUUGGCCAGAUAGAAAUCUGGCAAAUAAUAUGCAAAAGAUUGUUGAAACACAUCAAUUUUCGUCUUGUGUGUGUUCGAUUCAAGAUGAUAACUUUCUUGCUGUCACGCUUGCUGCAGUUAGCAAAGUUGUAAUAACUGAUGAUACUCAAACGCAAGCGGUUGACGAAGUUAUAAAGACAAUCUUUCUUCUCAAAGCUGAUCGAUUUAGACCAGUUUUGGAUAAGUUUGUUUCGGAAAUAAUGGCCAACUCAACGCCAACUCUGAAAAAUGUUCUGGUCACAUGGAAAUUGAUAACAAAAAGCCUUCUCAAACAUUUUGGACGAUCACAUCAAAGCGAAUGUGAUUCGAAUUUAAAGACAAUGAAUACCUGGAUAAUGUGGCCCUUGAAGUCCUAUGCUGAAUUUCAGAACUCGAUCAAUGAGAAGAUCUUUGAAGAUCAAUUCGAGGCGUUACUACAUAUGACUGUUGACCGAUUAAACAAUGCCAUAAUUAAAACUGAUUUUCUUAAAGAAACUUCGGUGCUAUUACAAAAGAUGUAUAACCUGAAUGUCAUAUACUCUGAUUUGAAUGCUUACUUUGCAUGUUUCAUAAGAAUACUUGUUUCAUCUUCAUCGACAAUUGAAUAUGAUGAAGAGCUUAUAUUGGGAAUUUUCAAUAUUCUCAAAAUAAAUCUAGCUAGAGAUUUUCAUAAGGGAAGUUUUGAAUUGUGCAUGAAAUGCUUGAAGGGCCUUGUGAAUUAUUUGGGAGAUAAGGGACUUCAAAAGCAUUUUGCAGAUAUUAAAGAUGUGUGGUCGCACAUUAUAAACAAGAAGAGAAGUAAUCAUAUUGAGAAGAGCAUCUUUGACGAUUACAAAAGGCAAUUGUUAGAUGAUAUAAAAAAAAUUGCUUCUAAAGCUCAAUAUAGCAAGAUAAAAAGUUAUUUAGAUAAUGACGAUUUGUUUGUGAUAAUUCCAGCAGUUUGGAGUCUUAAUCCAGACAAACUGACCGAAAGACAAAAAGAGAAAUUUUAUGAGAAAUCUGAUAUACCAGCGUUGUAUAAUGAUAUGAGUCAAUCGCAAGAUGCUUUUAUUAAACCAUGGACUCCAAAGAAAUUGGUUAUUGCUAAGGGAACUGCCGAAGAAAUAGUUAUAGGUGAUGGUGGUGGAGAUGAAAAUGAUCUCAAAGCUGUAUUACCAACUGCAGCUAGUUCAAAUGAAAAUAGAAUAGAGAAAUCCAUUUCACCGGUUAAACUUAUUCAGCCUAAGGAAGAGAACUUAUUAAUGGUUACCAAAACAAAGAUUGAAGUAGUGACACCAGAGAAAAAAAUUACUCCAUCGAAACCUAUAGAGGAUGUGAAUGUUGUGCCAAACACUCGAUUAGCAAGAGCCAAAAUGCCGUCAAUUGAAGCUGAAGAAAUUGAAAGUAGUGGACAUAUAGAGGACUAUGUUGAGCAGGUUGAAGCGAUAAUAUUGAAAGACACUUCUUCACCACCUGAUCGCAAACAGACAAACAAUAGUACAAGUCCAGUGCUGAAGCCCAAAACAACCCACCUCACAGGCAGAGGAGCACAACUCAUCAAUAUGAUAAGAAACAAGAAGCACGAGAACUAUAGUUCAAAACCAAUGGAAACCAGUACUCCUGUUACCAAAAUGGAAGCCAAUCGAGAAAGAACCGAUACUACUUGCUUAAAUUGGACAACUGGAGAGAACGACUCUAAAGCCAGUCCUAUGAAUUUGUUAGUUUUCUCAAAAACUCUGCCAUCGCCUUGUGCAAGUCCCUCAGCAAGUAUUUUAAAAAGAAAGUACCACAACGAAAGCAUGGAUGACAUUUACGAUUCGCAAGCUUUCAAACGAAAACGUGUCAGCUUUCAUGAUCCUCCUGUGUCAAUAACAAAAGAAUAUCUUAAAGAUGACGAAAACAAAAACAAUUUAAAACGGUGUCUAUUGUUAGAUCAAGAACAAAAAUCAACGACUAAGCACAUGCUCCGAAGGAGUGCCAAAAUGGAAAACCAAACUCAAAAUGAAAAUAUCACAGAUAUUUCUGGUUUGAACUCAACGCCCCCUUCAUCAGUGAAAAAAGUCAAAUGCAAUCUAAUGAAAUGCGAAGGAAAUAGUACAAAUAAUGAUGGUGCUGCUGAAAUAAACCAAACAGCGUAUCCCUUUUUGUUUCGCUCUGAAGCAGACGUUCUCAGUUACGUUUUGAAACAAUUUAGUAUCGAAGACAUAUGUGAAAAAUAUUUAUCUGAUGAGCAAUCGGAUAAAGCCGGAAUUAAUUUCAGUAAAUUCAUAUCGAAUUAUAUGAAUGUGAGCCCUAAAUUCAAAUCAACAUUAUUAGAAACACUUUCGGAAAAACAUCCGAAAGAAUUUCUCGAUUAUGCAAUUCAAGAAAACUUAUCCUCCGUUGUUUGCGAUCGAUUGAAUUCGAAUACAAUAAUUGAUUAUAUUUGCAGCAAAUCACAAACAAAUAUUUCUUGCCGAACAAGGCUAUUCCAAGAAAUGCAAGAAAUUUUAAAUCAUGAUAAAUUCGAUGCAGAAAAAUGUGAAUUCAUCCAGAAAGUUGUAUCAUCAAAAAGUAUGUCUGACCAACAGUUGCUGAAUUUGAUUGAAUUGUUGUUUGAAAGUAAACGCAAACACCAAAGAGCGGUAUCUGAAUCAGCAAUUGAUUCAUCUUCUACUUUAUAAUUAUUGUUUUUUAAAAGAAAAAAAAAUGUAUUUUGUUUUAUAUUUUUUGAAAUAAAUUGAUUAGAUGUUUUAAGAAAACGAUA